GCCAACUACAAACUGAACACACAUCCUUCAGAACUUUCUCGCACAUACAGAAGUACACUCACCUUUACGACAACAUGAAAGCUUUCAACGCUUUCGCCGCCAUCCUGGGACUAGCUGGUCUAGCCCAAGCCCACAUGGAGAUGACAUAUCCUGCUCCUUUCAAGAGCAAGUACAACCCCAAUGCAGGAUGGGACAUUGAUUACAGCAUGACUUCUCCCCUCGCUGGCGACGGGAGCAACUUUCCCUGCAAAGGUUACCAGACCCUCCUCGGCACCGCGGCUGGUGCACCUACUGUGACCUGGCAGGCCGGGCAGCAGUACAACAUGACCAUCGCUGGCGGUGCAGAUCACGGUGGUGGCAGUUGCCAGGCUUCACUCUCUUUUGACAAGGGCAAGACUUGGACUGUCAUCCAGUCUUACAUCGGAAACUGCCCCGUUUCACCUUCGGCAUCCUUCAAAUUCACCCUACCUGUCGAUACACCCGCUGGAGUCGCCCUCUUUGCUUGGUCCUGGUUCAACAAGAUCGGAAACCGCGAAAUGUACAUGAACUGCGCCGCCAUCACCGUCAAGGCAGGAAAGGGCACGCCCUCGACACCAAUGAGCAAGCGACCUGCCAUGUUUGUCGCCAAUGUUGGAAACGGCUGCGGAACCACCGAGAUGACGGACUUGAUGUUCCCCAACCCCGGACCUGAUGUCUCUCUAACCUCCUCCAACACGAAGGCGCCUGUCGGUCAGUGUCCAGCUGGUUCUGGAGCUCCGUCCUCUACAAAGGCUCCUGUGAAAACAACCACGAAACCUGGUGGCAUCUUUGUCACUGUUCCGGUGUCAACAACCCUCAAGUCGACAACUCGCAAGACGACGACAACUCCACCAGUACCUACCGGUGGUGUCACUGGCUCCAUCACCCCCGGCACAGCUUGCAAGCCAGAAGGAUAUUGGAACUGCCACAAGGGAGGUACAUCCUUCCAGCGAUGCGCUUCUGUGCAUACCCGGCCAGAGCAUGGAGUUUACUAUUACGUGGGCAUGAUGAUUACGACAUGA